CACUGUCUGUCCCUAUUCUCUCACACGCACGAGCAUAGUUGCAUAACAUACGCGCAUAGGGAGAAGGCUGGAAAAAGGAUAAUCUGUACGGACAUCCCCCACUUUCCAUGGCGCCUAGGAAGCGAAAGGCCGGGGGAGAAGCUGAGCAGGCCGUGAAGCCCAUUGCGGUGACGUCGACGAGGGUGACUCGGAGCUCGAGUCGGCGAGCCAACUCGAACUCACCCGUACCACCAGCCGAGUUGCCCAAGGCGAAAAAGGGAAAAGCAGCUAAGAAGGAGAAGUCAAAGCCGGAAGAGAAAGAGGAGACAGAGACCGAGACCGAGACCGAGACCGAGACAAAGACAGAGAACGUAGAAGAGAAAGACAAGACUACUGCCGAUGGGACUGGGAAGACCAUCGUGAUUGAACACUGCAAACAAUGCAACUCAUUCAAGACAAGGGCUACGCAGGUGAAAACUGGUUUGGAGGAUGCUGUUCCUGGUAUCAAUGUGCUACUUAAUCCCGAGAAGCCUAGAAGAGGUUGCUUUGAAAUACGGAGGGAAGGUGGAGAGAAGUUCAUCAGUCUUCUGGACAUGAAACGACCAUUUAAACCAAUGAAGGAUCUUGAUAUGGAGGAAGUCAUCGCAGAUAUAAUUAGCAAGAUAAAAUGAUAAGCCAAUGUUUGUGGAUGUAUUUUGGUUGCAGAGCAGUGUUUUGUGAAGUUGGAAGUUAACCAAGCUAACAUGAUCCAGAAUUGGAAACGUCUUUUUUAACUCUUUUUUGUUGAUUUUCCUUUGAUGUUUGUAUUUGUUGUCUGGUGUAUUGUGUAGGUCAUUAUUCCUAUUAACAAAUCAUUUUGGAUAUUUUUUUGAUAAGCAUUAUGAUUAGCUAACGCAUGCAAAGCCCAUAAUGUUGUUAUUAAGUGCAGAAUGAUAUAUUUGUUUGUUUCCUAUUGUUAUUUGGUUUGCGAAACAGAUUUAUGAGAGAAGUGAUCAGGUUGUUCGUUCA